AUGACGAUACUGCAUUUGUCGAAGAAGGCAGCGAUUAGCUUUGAGGAGCUGUGGGAGGCCAUAAGAGAGUCUGGAGCAGGUGGACCAGCCGCUUGGUUUAAUCCCACCCAGGACCCCAGCACAGCCCCACUCCUUGCUCCAGCUAAAGUCACAGCCUCCCAGACCCUAUCCCUAUUGCGGGGACAGGCCCAGAACAGGUUCCUGGAGGUCAUAGAGUCACGUCCCACAGAGCUAGACCUACAGAGGACCAGUUUGAUUGUAGCUCCAGAGCUGAAGAGAUGUCUUGCACAGUUGGGCCUCAACUUAGAGGACCGGGAGUUUGAGAAGCUUUGGAAGAAAUUUGACAGCGAAGGACUUGGAGCCGUGAAAGUGAGAGGUUUGCUAAGGAAACUUGGACUGAGCCAGAGAAAGACCUCAGACACCAAUGAUAAUAAUGAUCAUCAAGUUUCAUCUUCUAUCAAUGGUGAAGACACCAAAGCCAGACCCAGGGCCCUGUCGAAGUCGGAGGAGGAGCGUGGGGUAUCCAUCGCCAUGGAGAAGUGGCUGAAGGACAAGUUUAGGGAGGGCGUCCAGAGAAUGAAAUCCCAGUUUGACCAACUGGAUCCAGACCAGACCUGCAAGGUGGGCCUGGAGGAGUUUCUGCAGGUGCUGAAGAUCUUUGGCCUGAAUCUAAAAAGGGAGCAUGUGGGCUUGUUUUUGGCUCGCUGUGGCCUGGGACUCAACAAGACAGGUGUGAUCCAUUACCCAGAGUUCCUCCGCAUGUUUCAGGACCGCAGCGAGGAAGGGGUCACACACAGGAUCCUAUCCAACCCACAACACAGGUCAGAGGUCACAGCCAGACAGUUACAAUCCAAUGGGCAAAACUGGUUGUAUCCUUGA